AUGUCUGGUGCACAAGUUCAUGCCCUAGGUGAAGCAGAGAUGGUCUCCUCAAGGCCUUACAUGAGAAAUGAAGAAUUAUGCGAGGUCAAAUGGAAACAUGAAAAAGGUUUGAAUGAAGCACAGAUUUCUGGUUUAACUCUGAAAAAUUUUGGAACCAGUAGGGUUCGGACAAUGCAUUGGACAAUAGGUUCAAGGUUUCAGCCAGCUGGGCUCGAGUCUCUACAAAAGUGGAUACGCAUUGGGGUUCUGCGGAAAUGUAAUGUGCUUGUGGCUUUUGUAGUUGGAUUUCCGCUGGCUGGUUCUGUUGGAUAUGGUUUUACUAAGAGUCCUUUGGAGCAGAUAGAUCCCUGUGAUGUAGCUAACUCGAAGUUAUUGAAGCUAAGGCAU